UAUCGCUUGAAAAGCUUUUUACUUCUUAUAAAUGUGAUGGCAAUUUGCUGGAGUUUCAGAGUCUUCAUCGUCUUUAGUUUUAGCAUUUUAUUCUUAGCAGCUUCAGCUAAGAAAAAAGAGAAAAGUGUGGCUGAAUUAGCUGACUUGUUGGCAGCUGAAUCUGGCUAUGGUGGUGGUAGUGGUGGAUACGGAGGUGGCGGAGGAUUUGGAGGUGGUGGUGGAGGUUAUGGUGGAGGAGGAGGAGGAGGUGGUGGAAAACACGCCGUUCUUCUUGCCGUUCCCGUUAGUUUGGCACUCGGCUUAGGCAAAGGUGGUGGUGGUGGUGGAUUCGGAGGUGGCGGAUUCGGAGGUGGUGGAUUCGGAGGCGGUGGAUACGGAGGUGGUGGCGGAGGAUAUGGAGGUGGCGGCGGUGGAUACGGAGGUGGUGGAAGCGGAGGUGGUUACGGAGGGGGUGGAAGUGGCGGUAAUGGCGUCACACUUCUCGGCGUUGGUGUAACACACAUAAAAGCAGGAGCAGGUGGCUUCGGAGGAAGCGGAGGUGGUGGAUUCGGAGGUGGCGGAUAUGGUGGAAGUGGCGGAGGAGGUGGCGGAUAUGGUGGUAGUGGAGGAGGUGGAGGAGGAUAUUAA